UAUAGUCAAGUAUUUCUUAACAAGCAUUUUAUCACAUCAGUUGCUAUGUUAUUAAAGAGUUAAGCAUGCAAAACAUGCAUUCACAUUGGCUUUCUUGAUGCAUCGACCUCGAUAAAGAAGAACAAAACAGAAAAAGAAAAACAAUUCAUGUGCGUGGUAUGUAUUUUUAUUAUCACGUUGCAAUUACAGGCCAACUACCCUAGCAUAACACAAGAAUGCAUCCAGCAUCUCUCCAAUGAUACAUUCACAUUCCUUACAGUUUUGGUGGACAGACCUCGGAACAGCCUAUCUGGCACCAGGCUCCUGUUUGUAUUCCACAUUCGGUCACAUUCAUACAGCGUCGGGUUGCUAAACUCGAAUGGCUACGGCAGCGGUUGUCUCUCUCUACCAUGGCGUCAACGAACUUAUAAAGGCAUAAUGCUACAAUCGUUCCCAUUUUUUUUUUUUAUUUCGGCGAGCUAUACUGAUACAAGUUGACUCUCCGGGCUAUGACGAUGGUGGCGUCAGGCUCCUGUUUACAAUGUAUUGAAGGGUCGGUCAGAUUCGCUCAACAACGCGUUGCUGGACUCGAAUGACUUCGGCAGUGCUGUUUUUUCUAUGCUAUGGCAUCGACGGACUCGUGAAAGCUCCACACUUCGGUCGUACCAGUCUCAUUUUUUCGCUGAGCUACACUGCUGCGAGUGGACUCUCGUUUUCUUUCCAUGCUACGACGAUGCUGGCGUCGGCUCUCGCUCGCAAUGCAUUGUACGGUCGGCCCCAUUCGCUCAGCAUCGCAGUGCUGGACUCGAAUGGCUACGAUGGCGUCGUUUUCUCUAUGCUGUGGCAUCGACGGGCUCGUGAACGCUCCACGCUUCGGUCGUACCAGUCUCAGUUUUUUCCUUUUCUCACGCUGCGCUAUACUGCUGCGAGUGGACUCUCGUUUUCUCUCCAUGCUACGAUGAUACUGGUGUCGGCUGCAUUGGACGGUCGGCCCCAUUCGCUCAGCAUCGCAGUGCUGGACUCGAAUGGCUACGAUGGCGUCGUUUUCUCUUUGCUGUGGCAUCGACGGGCUCGUGAAAGCUCCACGCUUCGGUCGUACCAGUCUCAUUUUUUUCCUCCUUUUCUCACGCUGCGCUACACUGCUGCGAGUAGACUCUCGUUUUUUCAUGCUACGAUGAUAGUGGCGUCGGCUCUUGUUCGCAAUGCAUUGUACGGUCGGCCGCAUUCGCUCAGCAUCGCAUUGCUGGACUCGAAUGGAUACGAUGGCGUUGUUUUCUCUUUGCUGUGGCAUCGACGGGCUCGUGAAAGCUCCACGCUUCGGUCGUACCAGUCUCAGUUUUUCCCUCCUUUUCUCACGCUGAGCUACACUGCUACGAGUGGACUCCCGUUUCCUCUCUAUGUUACAAAGCCAACGAAAUCGAGAUCACUUUACGAACGACGACGUCACAUAUUCUCACAUGGGCUUUGGAUUUUCUCCUUCUCCGAUUUUUCACUGCACUGGACUUGUAUCGCUCUACACUACUACUGUACCUGACGCCAUUUUUUUUUCUGCCUUGCUGCGUUCCCACAUUUCCUAGACUCCGCAUCACAUGGC